UCUGCAGGACAUGUCAGUUAUGGAGGGAGAGUUGGAAAUCCUCCUUGGAGAGCUACACAUCAAAAUGAAAGGCCUGAUCGGGUUUGCUCGACUCUGCCCUGGAGACCAAUACGAGGUGGUGGUGCGGUUGGGCCGCCAGCGAUGGAAGAUCAGAGGGAGGAUCGAGUCCGAUGACACUCAGGCCUGGGACGAAGAGGAGAUGGUCUUCCUCCCUCACAUACAACAUAACUUUGAGAUCAAGGUGACGGAGGCGAAGGGUCUGGGUUGGCUGCUGGUUGGCAUGGUGACGUGUCUGAGCGCCGACUUCUUUGUGGCCAGGCCGCAGCUGAUGCUGGUCGACAUCACGGAGCUGGGAACCAUCAAACUGCAGCUGGAAGUCACCUGGAAGUACGAACACAUGCACAGAUGAAUAACUACGGAGCCCUGGAGGGUUCAUAGAGAGAAAAAUAA